AUGACUGAAUACUUUGUAGGAAAAUUAGAAGAACUUGAAGAAAAAAAAGUCAAAGAAGUUACUGUCAAGGAUAACUUGAAAGUUCUUCUAUCCAAAUUUGAUGGGCAGGUAUACGCCACCUCUCACAAGUGUACGCAUUAUGGAGCUCCCCUUAUCAACGGCGUUUACUCGAGUGACGGUCGCAUAACUUGGCAAGCCCCUUGGCAUGGUGCCUGUUUUAACCUUACCACUGGUGACAUAGAGGAUGCACCCGCAUUAGAUCAUCUUCAGAAAUAUAAGGUCAUUAUGAAAGGAACUGAUAUUUACAUUGAAACCAAUGAAUCAACUCUAAGUGCUGCUAGGAGAAUUCCAAAAUGUUCUUCUGGUGUAUCCCCGUUCAACGAUUACGUUGUGGUGAUCAUUGGUGGUGGUGCAGCCGGUAACGCAGCAGCGGAAAAGCUUCGUGAGGAUGGCUUCGAAGGGAGGAUUUUGGUUAUAAGUCGCGAAACUUAUUUGCCAAUCGACAGACCUAAACUCAGCAAAGGCUUAGGAAUGCAACUCGAAAAAAUAGAGCUCAGGAAGAAAGAGUUUUACAAUGACAUGUAUAUUACGUUUAAACUAGGAAUGUCCGUUACCGCAGUGGAUUCCGAAUCAAAAGUUGUUACCACUAGUAACAAUGAAAAAUUUAAAUAUGACUCACUUAUUAUUGCUACCGGCACAUCACCACGUUCUAUCCCAAUUCCUGGAAUUGAUCUUGGUGGUGUUUUAUAUCUCCGUACUUAUGAUGACCAUAAAAGAAUUGAAAAUGCCGUGGCCGGUGAAGAAAAAAAAAAUCUAGUGAUCAUCGGAUCAUCAUUUAUUGGAAUGGAGGUUGCAGCGAUUUGUGCUAAGAAAGCAAAUGUAUCCGUGAUUGGAAUGGAAACGGUUCCAUUCGAAAGAAUUCUUGGUCUUGAGGUUGGAAAAACAAUCCAAAAAUUACAUGAAACCAACAAUGUAAAAUUCUAUAUGUCGGCUACAGUAAAGGGCAUCGAACCUUCAAGCACCGAUCCUACCAAAGUAGGGGCG